AUGUUUCAAUUACUUUCCAUCAUAGCUACCGUGUUCACCCUAGCCUCAACCGUCGUAUCAACCGGCCUACUAGUACCACUAUACACCUGGCCCGGCACAGAUGCAUGGAAUACAAUCUACAACACAAUCGCAGCCCACCCAUCAGUCCCAUUCUACCUAAUCAUCAACCCAUCUACCGGUCCCGGUACCACAGAAUACCCAGAAGAAGUCUUCAUCGCCGCCAUCGCAAAGCUAAACAGCUAUUCAAACACCGAAGUACUGGGCUACACAUACACAAAACAAGGCACGCGCGCCAGUUCUGAAGUCGAAAAGGAUAUCGCUGUCUACGCCAAAUGGGCCAACUACGCAGGACAGAAUAUCCGUCUCUCCGGCAUUUUCUUUGACGAGGCAUCUGACGGCGAAGACCCGAGCAAGCUCGCCUAUUUCCAGAAUCUGUCGAGGAAAUCCAAGAGCAGUAGCUUAAACACUGUGAUCCUCAAUCCUGGCGUCAAACUGAAGGCAGAUGUUGCCAACUGGUUCGAGGCGGCGGACUUUAUUGUUGAGUACGAGGACACUUAUGCUAAUUGGGUGGCUCGGGCUCCUGAUGAGCACUUUUCGACGUCUGAGCAUUAUGGGAAGGAUGUUGUUAUUUUGAAUCAGACGCCUGAGGAUGCGAGCUUUGAUGAUGUUGUCCGGUUGGCGAAGGAUAUGGGGCUCGGUGCCAUUUAUAUGGCUUCGGAUGAUAACUAUAUGAGCCUUGCCACUGUGCCCAAGGUUGCUGUUGCUGUUGCGCAAAGUCGGAAGGCUAAGCGCAGAGGGCGCGGUCGAUAUUAG